AUGAAUCGGCACAGACCGUUGACGAUUGUCUGGAGUGUGGUGGUAUUUUUCUUGCAGACAGAUGCAAAAAUUGAUGGCCCAUAUUCCACUGAGAGAAAGAAAACUCCUUUGUGGAUGGCUGCUCUGUCAGAAAUAAAGAAAGCAAAACUAUGGAAGAAAAAAUCAAAAUUCAAGUCAUUUAAGAAGUUUUUUGGUAAAAAGAAAAGAAAAGAUUCCAUCCGUAUUACUGACAAGAGUGGACUGAAGCAGAGCCAGUCGACCAGCGAUAUGACUGCUGCUGAGGCUGUGGGCACAGACUAUGACUCAGAGGAAGAGGAAGAGGAAGGGAGCCAUACAGGUAUGAUGGGGAGCAGAGCUUUAUCACAUGACAGCAUCUUCUUCUCUGAGACUACGCAAGAGUCAACCAGGCCUGUAAGAGUCUUCUCCCAGGAAAGUGUAUCUGAGAACAUAAAAGCCCUGCAGCUAAAACUACAGGAAAAUAUAAAAUUGGGGCCUCCCCCACGAUUAAUUCCCACAAAAAAGAUGGAUGACACCGGGACUAGUUCUGAAGAUGACGGCCUACCUAGAAGUCCUCCAGAAAUGUUCUCACUGCAUGAAGAUGUGAAUCGCAGUCUUACGGCAAGAUUCUCAGACCAUUCCAAGCACCUCAGCUCACUGAGUUUAGGUGGGACAGGCAGUGAAGAAGACGAACAGGUGUCCUCGGGGCCUUCUUCUAGACCACUGUCUCCAGCAUUCAAGCAGUUCAGUGGUACUGGCAUCCCUGUAUCACCUGUCAGUCUGACAGGCAUUAGUGGGGUAUCACCCCAAGUUAGUUUUGACUCUCCUCCGCAAUUCACCAGCCAUCUGGAUAAUGCAGCUGCUAGACAUAAACUUUCAAUAAAACCAAGAAACCAGAGGUCUGGGUCUAGGAGGCCUGCUUUGAGUGUUUUACAAUCCAGCUCAGAGAGUGGCAAAGGUUUACAUUAUGCUGUAGAAGAAACAGAGGCUGGAAAAAGAAAAGAGCCCUUAGGAAAUGCUGCCCUUCCCCUCCUAGAGAUGGUAGCAGAUUUAAGAAGUAUGGGUGGUGAUGUGCCACCUACUCUGGCGGAUCAACCAAAGAAACUAGUUAGAAAUAUUGCUGGUGACUGGACAGAUAAAAAAAUGCCAGAGACGCAAUCUUCAGAGUUGGCAUCUCCCAGUGUGGGUGUAUUUACAUCACAAUGGGAAACAAAGGGCAUGCAAGAAUGGCUUGGUCAUGGUCCCCGGGCUAAGUCCUCUGACAAUCUCUUGGAAUCCCAAAAUGGCACCAGGUUGGCUAAUACCAAUGCAAAGAGCGUGAAACAAAUGGACAGCAUUUCCUCAAUUAAACCUAAAGAGACUCUUCUUAAAGAUAAAAUAAAUCAUAGACCAGUUACUGCCUUAUCUCCUUCCUCUAAUGUUCAGAUUUCUGAUUCUCCAUUAGUGGACCUUUCUUCAGUAAAAGAGGGAGUUUCAAGAAGUUCUAAUCUUUGUUCUUCUUCUGGACCAGAAGGUAACGUAGAAGUAAUGAGUAAGACACAUAAAGAAUGGUUUAUUGCUAAAGCAAAAGGUGAGCAAUUAACUAGAGCAACAGUAACUGCUUUGCCUGAUUCAGCUAUAGACCCAAUAAACACUUCUGAAAAGCAACCCAGUUUAGCCAGUGAUGUGCGUAAAAAGGCUGGCAUAGUUUCAGACUCAAUCCAAGAUGUACAAGUAGAGCUAUUACCUCAGUAUUUGGAAUCAUCAAAAUUUACAGCAGGGCUUCCAUUUCAUAGUAAAGAUAGUACUAUGCAUGUUAGUCAUACAGAUACAGACUCUAAAAACAAAGAAAACAUAGUCAGUGAAAAUAGUUCAUUUAUAAAAAAUGGUAGAGGUUCAUUUCGAUUUUCUGUUUCUUCUGCGUGGGAAAGAUCAAAACCAGGUAGUUUUAAGCUUAAGGAAUACAUAGAUAUUCAUAAAGAUAGUGAAGAAACAUUAACUAAAAAGCAGUGUACACCCAAGACAAAUAUUUCAGUUAGAAAGCAGAGUCAGAACGAUGCAGAGUCAUCGGCCUCUUUUGACAAAAGCAAUGAACCAUUUAUAAACACUACACGAGAACUUACACAACAGACUGAUGAAAAAAACACUGAAGCAAUUUCAGUAACUGAGAGUGCAGUAUCCAAAUCUAACGAUUCUUUUACUACAGGUACACAACAUGUGGAAAAUGAAGAAAAAAAUGUUUUUGGGGUAAAGUUACGAUCAACGUCAUUAUCUAUGAGAUACAAAGAGGGAGCCCGUGCAGAGUUAAAUGUGGCAAAACGAUACAGUGCAGAAAUCAGUACUGUUCAAGAUGAUUUUUAUUCACCACUGAAAAGUGACAUGGUACAAAACAAAAGGUCAUCAGACAUACCCGUUGGAAGUGCCCUUAGGAAUUUUGAAAUAACAAAGACAGCAACUCAGGAACAAAUCAAUACUAAACCGUCAUUAUCGAAGAAAAUAACUGCACAAAACAUAAACUCCUCUGAUAACUCCCCUAUCCCAGAAAAACAAGAUAGGGCUGUUUGGUCAAAUCCAGCCAAACAGGAGAACAAGGAAUCUGAGAAGAAAGUCUUGAAUUCAAAGACUGCUGAGAAAGCUAUCGCCUCCCCAAAAACUGCAACAGAACUACCCUCAUCAGAGCCAGCAUGGAUCAGCAUGGCAAGAAUGAAACAGCGGGGCUUUCAAGAGCCGUCACUGAACAAAGAGGAGAAAGCUGUGUCUCAAGAUGACAAAGGAGAUGCAAAACAAACAAAGGAAAAGGUAACAUUUGAAGCUCUUUACAAUAGAUUCCCCGGCUCUAUUGGUUCAUCUGUUUCACCGGGGGCUACUCGUCGUGAAGUGGACGCUAUUGGUAACCUAACAGCCCUAAUACAGCAGCUAACUCAAAGAGUCGAUAAUUUGGCAAAGCAAGUAUUGGGUCAAGGAACCGAAGAGAAUAGUAGUGCUGUGCGACCACGCACAGGAGUGAUACAUCGUUCUCUCGGUGAAUGCUCUGCCAGUUCCACGAAGCAACAAGGUCAAGUUAAUGUAAAUGGUAACGGAAACGUAAAUAUUUCCAACAAUAUUCCACCCAAUACAUCUUUGAGAGGUGCUUCCACAAGUAAUGCUUUAAAUAACAAUCAAAAUAAUGAUGGGAUUUUGGUACCUGGACUUAAUGAUUUUCUAAAUACGCCCGUUAACAUUUUUUCCAACUGCUUUAAUCAAGAAGAUUCAGCACAGGAAGACAACCAAGUAAGAACUAAUACUAUUAUGGACAAAUUGAAAUCAUUUGACGUAAACCUGUUAAAAUAUAAAAAACUACAGGUUGAAAUCUUGUAUUUCCAAGAAUGUAUUAAGCUCCAGAUAGUCCCGAAAGGUCUACGCCAGUGGAAAUACCCUUCGGGUGUAUUAAAAAACUCUGAUAUGCAUCGUAAACUGCUCCAGUUAUUUAAUAAGCAAGGUUUAGAGUUCCUUGAGUUGCUUAUUGCAGAAUACACUACUCAAAUUAAUGACUUGAGAUUACAAUUGGAUGCCUUAGAAAAAGACAUUCGUAGCCACCCUGACUUUUCACGUUACAACUAUGAUUAUACGAGAAUAUUUGCAAGCAUAGAAAAUUUAUUAGAAAAAAUCAUGGGUACCAAAAAACAUAAAAUCAAUAGGGAUAAAGCCGCGUAUGCACAAGGCACGGCUUAUCCGGAUCCACCAAUUAAUCGCAACUUGCAAGGUGUGGCUUCAAACAACAAUAGUGUAAUCACUGAGUCUCAGGAAAUGUUCAAUUUGCAGCACGAGAACUUGCUAUCUCCCCAAGUAAAUGAAGUUCGACGUAGUGAACGGAUUUUUAAUCGUAACCAGCAGGCUGACAAUAGAGUGAAUAAUGUGCAGGAUCAAGUAGUAGAACAGCGCCAGGGUUUUCACGGAUCCUAUGCCAGUGCCACCAAGAAGAAUUCGAACUGGAACAAACGUGGACAACCGAAACGGAAGUACAACAAACGCAGGAACCCCGGUUCUACUGGUUCAUCUGUUUCACCGGGGGCUACUCGUCGUGAAGUGGACGCUAUUGGUAACCUAACAGCCCUAAUACAGCAGCUAACUCAAAGAGUCGAUAAUUUGGCAAAGCAAGUUGAAAUCUUGUAUUUCCAAGAAUGUAUUAAGCUCCAGAUAGUCCCGAAAGGUCUACGCCAGUGGAAAUACCCUUCGGGUGUAUUAAAAAACUCUGAUAUGCAUCGUAAACUGCUCCAGUUAUUUAAUAAGCAAGGUUUAGAGUUCCUUGAGUUGCUUAUUGCAGAAUACACUACUCAAAUUAAUGACUUGAGAUUACAAUUGGAUGCCUUAGAAAAAGACAUUCGUAGCCACCCUGACUUUUCACGUUACAACUAUGAUUAUACGAGAAUAUUUGCAAGCAUAGAAAAUUUAUUAGAAAAAAUCAUGGGUACCAAAAAACAUAAAAUCAAUAGGGAUAAAGCCGCGUAUGCACAAGGCACGGCUUAUCCGGAUCCACCAAUUAAUCGCAACUUGCAAGGUGUGGCUUCAAACAACAAUAGUGUAAUCACUGAGUCUCAGGAAAUGUUCAAUUUGCAGCACGAGAACUUGCUAUCUCCCCAAGUAAAUGAAGUUCGACGUAGUGAACGGAUUUUUAAUCGUAACCAGCAGGCUGACAAUAGAGUGAAUAAUGUGCAGGAUCAAGUAGUAGAACAGCGCCAGGGUUUUCACGGAUCCUAUGCCAGUGCCACCAAGAAGAAUUCGAACUGGAACAAACGUGGACAACCGAAACGGAAGUACAACAAACGCAGGAAGUUGGGGCCACUCUUCGAUCUGCAGAUUACCCUUUCUGUUUUUCCUCCUUUGACUUGGGAACAAACAAAACAUCAGUCAGAGAUAAAAAGCAGCAAAUUAUCCCCUUCAGUGUACCCAUCAUUGAAUGAAGAAACUCGACAAGAAGCCAGAGUCGAACUGAAAGAACUUCACCUUAAAGUAACUACACAAGCUCACCAACUGACAGCUGACACAUCUCCACAAGUGACAGAUAAAGAAGAAAAGCAUCAGGUGAGCAGAGAAAGUGCACGUUCACCUUCAGCCCAGCCAUCGUGGAUGGAACUGGCCAAGAAAAAGUCCCAAGCAUGGAAUGACAUGCCCCAGGGCAUUAAAUAGGUCUCAUCAAUUCCUGACUGUGAUACACACAAUGGUUCCGAUGCUGGAAACCUGCUGACAGAAUAAUUACUGUGAAGCAAAACCUGCAACCAAGCUGCAGAAGGCACUACUCAGCAGGGUUUCUUGUGGAAACUAUAGUAACACACAGCAAACAAAGAUCAAAGUGCAAUAGAAAGAAAUAUUGUUUACCUGAAGAUAUGCUGUGUAACAGACUGACAUCUGAGCAAGGUCAUUCUUGAAGAUCUUUCUAGUUUAAUGUAUUUUGCACAACUCAGUUCUUCAGCAAUGCUGUUUGAAAGGUACUUUUAUCUCUGAGUAUAGCAUCUUAUAAUGUUUGCAAUCCAUUAUGCUCACUUAUAGCACUAUAGUUAAACAGGCCAGCAUUUUGUUUAGCUAGAAGUUAGAUAAUGUUCUAGCUGCAGGGCUAAUGUAGCUUGUGACUCAGUUGGAGUACUAUAUAGUGUGUGCCCUGGCCAAGACUAUAAUUCUUUCCUUUGUCCAUGCAAUUUUAGUAAUGUAGUAAGGGCUAUAUUACUGAGAACAUUUAAUUACUCACUGCCAGACACAACUAAAAUAAGACAUAAAAUGUAUGAAAAUAUUCUGUCUUUUUAAAUGUAAGCCCCCCCCAUUCUGAUAUUUAUGUAAUUCCCACUAUUUGUAAUAUACAGCAGACAACCAUCUCUUAUGUAAAGGUUUUAACGUUUUUAACAUCAGUCCACCUAGAAAAUUCCUAUCCAUGAUGCAGGCAAUAAUAACUAAUAGAAGGGGUAGUAGCUAUAAUAACCACAGAACGUAAUGGAUUCGCUAUGGCAAAAAAAAGCCAUGUACGUCACGGGAUUCAUUCAGCCCUGCCCUUUAUCCAACCUUGAAUACUGUAUAGCUUAUAGAACAUUAAUGUAUUUUAAAGCACAAGGCUUUUAAUGCAAAUUUUGUGAUAACUCUUAUUCUUUCUAUUUGUGUUAUUUUUUUUUCUUUUUAAUGGUGUGGCUAUUGUACUAGCAAUGCUAUCACAAGAGUUCUUGUAAUUUGUGCCUAUUAGUUCUGCUUUAUUGUACCAGAGCAAGUGACGAUUAUUUAAUGUCUAAUAGUCUGAAAGAAGCUAAUUGGUUCAGCAAGUGAUAGAAAUAUGCCCCAUCCCUUGUGGGGUUUUUUUUUCUUUUUUUUUUUUUUCUUGCUUUGCAAUCCACACAGUCUGGUGUAAUAAUAAGCAAUGGUUUCAGUUCUUUUAAUCUAAAUGGAUGCCAUUAGACAAUCACUGUCCCAAUAUUUCAGAACAAAGGAGCAUAUAUUUUUCAUUUAAAUUCAUACCAUUUCAGUCUGAAAUGUAAACAUUAGAAAUAAGUCAUUCAUAAGAGUAACACUACCUAAAGUGAUUCAGCACUGAGGAAAUGACCUGCAGAUGAAUUAAACUUGCAGAACUUAUGAUACCAAGGAAGGGAGAAAAGAUGUGUUGGGGUCCAGCUCAAACUAAAUUGCUAAAUGUUAGAUUUCUGUUUCAAAUGUUGCACAGGAAUAAAGAAUGUAUAGUGACUGGACACAUUUAGACACAUUUUCUAAUUACUUCACUCUAGUCCAAGGAAUUUUGUUAUAAUAACGUAGACUAAGGACAGUACAGUUUGGCUACAUCAGUGAGACAAGGAGAAGCUCUGCUCUCCAGUCAUGGCAACACAUUUUUUUAAUAUAAUCAACCCCUCAAAUAAUAUUUAGAGAUACAUGAAGUAAAAAAACUGAGACGUUAUGCUUUAUGGUCUCUUCUCAGACAACAGACUUUUCUGUUGACUUUCUCAGCCAAUGUAAAAGCAGAGGUGCCUUUCCCAAGUUCUAAGGUAGACUCUAGAAUAUGAACGUACAUUCUGUAGAGGAAGAGGGGUAUUGGUACAGUAAGCAUAUUACAAACACCUGAGUGACAGCAAAUAGCUGAUUUAAGUCCCUAAGAGUGCUAAUUGCUGUUUCAAAGAACUAUGCCAUGAUUGUGUCAAUAUUUGAUUGUAGGAAUAUGAAACAAUAAAACGGUCAGAUGAACUAAGCUUUUUGUUUUUGUUGAUCCUGGGUAGUUGAAAGAAUACUACAGAUAUAUAGUCAAUAUAAUUGUGACAAAGUCUUUGAAAAUCAACUUGUUCAAAGCACAGCUAGAUGAAAACAAAACCACCAAAAUGACAGUUAUUUGAAAAUACUUUCACCAACCCCAACAACAGCUCCAAAAGUAUACAAAAAAAGAAAACAUUUUGGAAUCUGUACCACCUGUGCACUCCUAUGUAUGGUAAUCAACUUCAAGGUCACAGCAAGAUGGGAUGGAGAAAGGAUCACUUCCCACUACGACAGUUAUUUGCAGCAUACCCAAUCUAAGUUGGCAGCACAUACUUAGAGUAUUAAUGUUAGGGACAAAUGUGGUAAAAUGUCUGGCAGUUCUGCCAAAGUUAAUCAUGCACAGCAUGUCACUAAAACUGCUGUAAUAAUAUAAGCAAAUUCACAAAGUUCAGGCACAGGGAAAGGGCAGCUAACACCAUUUUUUCCACACGUCUUUCCUUUGUAACCACAGGCAAAGUUGCUACUAUUUCCUGCAGUACUUUUAGGCAAUACACAAGAUUCUUAUAGCCCAGGUACCUAUAAGGAACAAAGUCAGGACUCUAUUGUGUCUAGAGCUAAGCACAGCUCUCCCUCUAAAUGACAUAGUACCUAACAGGCAAGAUCUUGAAUGAUGACCACACAGUCAUAAGUUACUGAUGCAGACCCCACUACAUGGGAAUUAACAUUUUCAGAUCAGGAUUUCCUAUGCUGGCAAGUUAUGAACCUAUUGUUGGUGGUGGAAAAUGAAACUAUGAAGUAGAAGGUGAAGAGUAUGAAAGUAAUCGACACGGGUCACAAUGGGACAGGAUUAGCAACUAAGUACCACAGAAGGUGCAGAUGGGGGGAAGAGAUGCCUGAGCCAGGAAAUAUUCUCAGAAGUGAAAUAAGAUUUCACAACAGACAUCACCUGGUCCUUAACUGUCAGCAUUUUAUAAAGGGACAUAAACCAUUGUCUCUUUGUAUGAACUGCAGCAUUAUCCCAGCAUGAUAAAUUGUUGGGUCACAAGUACGAAGGCAGUGAUGCAGAGCAGUCACAAACACAGUUUGAGCCUGGUGUGAUUCAUGUGGUUCUUGGUGGCAUCCUGCCAGGCCUCAAGCUUGCUGAAAUAAGGCAAAGUCUACUGAGACAGCCUUGAUUUGGGAGGUAGGUAGAGUUCACAGAUCAUAUAGCUGAAAUGAAAAACAAUGUGUCAAAAACAGGACCAGGCUUGUUUGCAAAACACUUAUGAUCAACACUCAUAUUAUCCAUCGCAUGUGGGCAUCUGCUGGGUGUUUCCACAGAAGGUCAAUCUGCCAGUCACCUGUUGAUGACAUUACCACAACAGCGUUGCUAUGUAUAUGUAUGAGAGGGGCAUAGGUUCAUAGGUAGGUACUAGGCUAUCAGCCCUGGGGCCUAUAUAAGCCUA